GCCGCCUCCUCGUUCCAUGCACACUAGAGACCGAACUUGAAAAUGUCGCACUUGAAAGAAAAACACCCUGGCUCCCCCUUGUGCGGAGACCCACCGGCGGGUUUUCGAUCCAGUAGGCCGGCACCCGGCCUUGAAUAUGUCCGCCUACGAUGUGCCAUUUGGGACUCUAGGGACCGGUCGGGGCGAGGAGCAGUGUGGGAGCGCGCGCGCGGUGGGUUUUCAAAUUCAAAAUCUGUUGGGGGUAGAGUGUGGCGCUGUGCAGCCUACAGAAUUGCCAUGCGCGCGGAAGUGGACACGGGCUUGUACUGCACUUGGACGCGUGCGAGGGCAGUGGACACCGCCGCCAGUUUCCUUUCCUCGGGAGUUGUUCGUUGCACCGUGCGUUGAGUGGACUGCCAUAGCUGUUGUCCAUGGAGGACAUCCAAUUUUCGUGCGUGGCGGCGGACGGCUCUGCGCACGUCGUCGCGAACUGUCCCAGCGUGAGAAACGCCGGGUGGUUACAGCGUUGCUCGCCAUGUCGACACAUCUGCAGCACACAGUGGCAUUGCGGCGCAGUCCGGCGAGAAGAGCUGGGGUGAGGGAGGCCAUCGCCACGCACACCAUGGCGGAUUCGAAUUCGUCCGCCACGGUUUGGGAUGCGCCGUUCCUUAUGGCGAAUGCCGUUGUGUCGGGUGUCCUCCCUAGGGAGACGCCACGGUGGUGGAUCCGGAGGAGAACCGGCGGAACAUGGCAAGAUCUCAUAAUUGAUGAUGACGCCACAGACGACUAUUUCCAUGAGAAGCUACGAAUGACGAGAGGGGCGUUCUACGACAUCGUCGCCGCCUGCACUCCUUUUCUUCAACGGUCCCUCACUCAUUACCGCACUCCACUGAUGCCGGAGCAGCUGGUGGCGUUCGCUUUGUACAGGUGGGCGAGCAGCGAGACGUUUGACAGUGCAACGUCGUCAUUUGGGAUGGGGCGGUCGAGUGGUAUCAAGGCGGUGAGGGGCGUGACGAACGCGAUCUUGUCUGCGUAUCCGGACAAGAUAGCGAUGCCAACAGGUCGGCGGUUGCUGCAGGUUACACGAGCGUUUGCAGCAAAGGGAUUCCCAAACUGUUUUGGUUGCAUGGAAUGCAGUCACGUGUACAUCGACAAGCCAGCAAAUGCGCCAGCGGAGAACUAUUUCGAUCGAAAGCAGCAGUACUUUGUCAUUGCUCAAGUCGUCGUCGACCUCGACAUGCGUGUGCUGGAUGUUCACGUGGGGUAUCCGGGCAGCGUCCACGACGCCAGGGUUUUGAUCAAUUCGUCACUGUACAGACGUGCAGAAGCUGGCACUUUGUUCUUGGCGGAUGCGGUGGACCUGCCAUACGGGGUGCGAACGAGGGGGUACGUCCUCGCGGACAACGGCUAUGGGCCCUUGCCCUGGCUUGUAGUGCCUUACGGUGGAGUAGUGCAACCUCCCGACGAGGCGCAUUUCGACACGUGUCACAAGUCAUCACGGAAUGUUGUCGAACGGGCAUUUGGGAUACUGAAGGGGAUGUGCCGGCUGUUUCUGGGCCACCACAAGAUGAACAUGGAGAAUCUGCCCCAGCAAUUCACCGCCGUUUGUAUUUUGCACAACUUGCUGAUCGAGACCGGCAUCGAAUUUGACGAGCGUCUACUUGUUGACAGGGACGCCGACGGCAACGAGCGCCCCAUCGAUCUGGGUAUGCAUGAACCUGCUGCCCCUGUGUCGCAGGAUGAUGCCACCGAUGAUGCCCUUGCAUUGCGCGACGUGCUUAGCUUUCGAAUGCACCCAGCUAUGGCUUGACGAUGGUGGCUUUUGCAGAGUUUGGAGUGGAAAAAAAAAAAAAACGGAACGAUUUGAAAUCACCAAGUAUUCUAUUGAAAGGGAACAGCAGCCAACGUGACAUGGGUUUGGACAGGGGGUGUGGGGGGGUUGGGUCCGUACUAAUCGAUCAAUCCAUAAACGAAUGGGGAAAAAAAAAAUUAAAAAAAAUCGACCAGUCAAUAAAUCAAUAUCACUGAU